AUCCAAUGUCUUCAAAACCUCAUUACUUGGCCAAAAUGUAGCUAUAUUUUCAGGUCAAGAAGCCAAUAAAUUCAUAUUCAACAAUAGCAACAAGAAGAGUAGAGUUACAAGAAAAUCCAGAUCUUCCAAAGGUUGAUGUGUUAACACAAGUGAUCACUGAACAAGACGAAGAUGGCAAGUACUUGACAGAAGUUGAAAUGGCUGAUAAAUUAUUUGGCUUUAUAGUUGGUGGUUACGAUACUACUGCUACAACUAUAACUUUGGUCAUGAAGUAUCUUAAAGAGAAGCCUGAGUUCUUCAAUGAAAUAAUGGAAGAGCAAAAUGAGAUUUCAAGGAAUAUGAUGCCAAGGAUAGUGCUAUGUUGGGAUGACAUUCAGAAAAUGAGGAAAACUUGGAGCUUUGUGAAUGAAGUAUUAAGAGACACACCAGUUGUUCAAGGCCUUUUCAGAGAAGCCAUAGAGGACAUCACUUAUAAUGACUUCCUCAUACCAAAAGGAUGGAAGAUAUAUUUGAGUUUUGGAGCUACACAGAAAAAUGGUGAAUAUUUUCCAAACCCUACAAAGUUUGAUCCUUGUAGAUUUGAAGGAAAUGGACAGUUAGUUCCUUAUACAUCAGCUCCAUUUGGUGGAGGACACAAAAUAUGUCCAGGAAGAGAAUUUGCAAGAAUAUUAAUUCUUGUUUUCCUUCAUAAUGUACUGAAAAACUUUCAGUGGGAAGCUAAGGAUCCUUCAGAAAAGAUAUUGUGGCCUUAUUUCCUAGUACCCAUCCCCACAGCUGGAUAUCCUGUAACCCUUUCUACUGUGUGAGUUUUUUUUUUAAAUUAUGCAAAAGGAUGUAUCCUAGUUAACGCUGACAACCAAACACUGAAUAAAAUUAUGCAUGAAUUAGUUUUUCUUAUACAGCCAACCAGUUGAUUGUUAGGCUCAAGACUUCCAGUUUUGGUAUUGCCUUCAGGAUCGGGAUUGUAUGCAGUUUAUUAUGAUGCUUCGCGUGUUGGUCUUGAGUGUGUUGUUGCAAGACGGUAGGGUGAUUGUCUAUGCGUGUCACGCCAGUUGAAACUUAGGCAGAUAUCAUCAAUCCUCAGCUCAAACACGUGUCGCACCCACAAGGACACUAACAACAUGUGAGAUAACGUUCACGAUCCCUUGUGUGGUUUAACUUAUCAGAGAUGACCUCAUAUUCUUUUUUCUUGAAAAUAAAAUCUAUUAUAUAGGGGAUUAGGUAAGGGGACGCACAUCUACUGUGUAUGACGUUGUUAUCAAUAUCUAUAUAUAUACAUACCACUAUGCAGCUUGCCAUAUGAUUCUAUCAAAUUUUAAAAAAACUGGUCUUUUAAAAUGUCCCAUUACCAAUAAUCCAU